CAACACUUGGGAGUUGGGCUUACACUAGGUUUACGUGUGUGUGGUUGACGUGAGAUGAGAAGCCCUUAGAAAUGAGUGCAGUGGAAGAACAAGUAGAACGACCGAAGAAGCGAAAUGAUUCAUCUAAAAAACGUUUGUCGAGAUUAGAUUCCGAGGAAAACAAUCCGUGUUUGAAGGAACACCAUUUAUCACUCAAAUGUCUCAAUGACAACAACGCUGAUCAUGAUGCUUGCAGCCUACACUUUAUCAAUUACAAAAACUGCAAAGAUUUUUGGUAUCAAGUAACAAGAGAACGUAGAAGACACGGCGUCACACCCUACCUUCCACCACCUGCAGAGAGACUAAAAAUUAAAGAAGAUUAUUUCAAAGCUAAUUCACCUAAAUAAUUCCUUAAGUAGGGUAACAAUAAACUUGUGCAAUAUGUAUAAUCACAGAAUAAAUACUGUAUUUAGUUGA